AUGACGGAUAAAAAUGAAGAUAAAUAUAUUAUCCAUGAAUCAAUAAGAACGAAUAAACCGUUGCUUGUACAACAAUUAAUCAAUGAAAACCCCAAACUUUUAUUUAGAAAGGAUGAAGACGAGAGGACACCUCUACAUUGGGCAUGUACAAUGGAUAAUAACGAAAUCAUCAAAAUUUUAUUACAGCCUAGAAAUGGGAUUGAUGAAAUUGAUAUUGAUGAAAUGGUUGAUGCCAGUGGAUGGACACCAAUACAUAUUGUCUCUGCGUUAGGAAACGUACAAAUAUUGGAAGAACUCAUGAAACUUGAGCCAACACCAGAUAUCAACUUGACAACUAAUCAAGGAACUACAGCAUUACACUUGGCAACUAGUAAAAACCAUUUUGCGUUAGUGGAAAAACUCGUUAUCGAGUACAAAUGCUCUUGCAGGGCAAAAGACAAAAAUGGGUUUACUGCUUUACAUAGAGCUUCAAGUAUUGGAUCCCAGCCAAUAGUCAAAUUGCUUGUUGAACAUGGGAAAGUCAACAUUAAUGCAAAGGAUAAUAAUGGUUGGACAAGUUUGCAUCACGCUUUGGCAGAGGGCCAAGGUGACGUAGCCAUUUUACUUGUCAAAUUGGGAGCUGAUCCAGCUAUUCAAAAUAAUGAUUCAGAGACUCCAUCACAGGUUGCUGUAGACGAAAAGGUAAAGCAUUUCUUUGAAACUAGUCUUAAUAAUAUAUGA